UAAAGCACAACUCAUAGAGUCCUGGGUGCCACACACAGCCACAUUAGCAUGCUCCGCCAAACUAAGCUAUUGCUACCGCUGUACGCCAGCUCACGCUCACGCUUGGUGAGAACAGAGCGCAGCAGCAGCAGCAGCCCUUUGAAGGACCAUCCACGUAGCAGACCAUCUUUCACGCUCAUAUUUUCCAGUCUGUUUGGCAGCAUGGAGCAGAAAAACAACAAUCAAACCAUCAACUUCGGGGCUGGGCCUGCUAAACUUCCCCCGUCGGUGCUGUUUGAAGCCCAGAAGGAGUUGCUCAGCUACAGUGGCCUUGGGGUCAGUGUGCUCGAAAUGAGCCACCGAUCACCAGAAUUCGACAAAAUCAUGAACAAAUCAGAGCGUCUCCUACGAGAGCUGUUAAACAUACCAGACAACUACAAGGUGAUGUUCCUGCAGGGCGGUGCGUCCGGACAGUUCAGUGGCAUCCCUCUCAAUCUGAUUGGCCUGAAGGAGGACAAGUGUGCCGACUACAUCGUGACUGGGACGUGGUCGGCGAAGGCUGCGAAAGAAGCGGAGAAAUACGGCAAAGUCAACGUAGUUCACCCCAAGCUGGAUAGAUAUACGAAAAUCCCCGACCCCAGUAGCUGGACUCUGAACCCCGCUGCGUCCUAUGUGCACUACUGCUGCAACGAGACCGUGCACGGCGUGGAGUACAACUUCACGCCUGAAACAAAUGGGGUGCUCCUUGUCAGUGACAUGUCCUCAAAUUUCUUGUCGCGUCCUGUGGAUGUUUCAAAGUUUGGGGUGAUUUAUGCCGGCGCUCAGAAGAAUAUUGGUUGUGCUGGCGUCACCGUGGUCAUCGUGCGUGAGGACUUGUUAGGCCACGCCCAGAAAGAGUGUCCCAUCAUUUUGGACUACAAGGUGCAGGCGGAGAUGAACUCGAUGUACAACACACCACCUUGCUUCAGUAUCUACAUCAUGUGUCUGGUUCUGGAGUGGACCAAAAACAACGGUGGCGUUGCUGCCAUGGAAACGCUGAACAAGCAAAAGUCUGCCAUCAUUUAUGACAUCAUCAACUCUUCCAACGGCUUCUAUGUGUGUCCAGUAGAGGAGACCUGUCGAAGCCGCAUGAAUAUACCAUUCCGUAUUGGGAAGAAAGAGGGAGAUGAGAGCUUGGAAAAGGAGUUUGUGAAUGGGGCGUCCAAACGUGGAAUGAUCUCACUGAAGGGACACAGGUCAGUCGGGGGAAUUCGUGCCUCUCUGUACAACGCUGUAACACUGGAGGACACUGAAGCGCUGGCCCAAUACAUGAAGGAAUUCCAAAAACAGCAUGAGUGAGACGGGCUGUGAUCAAUGCAAUACAGUUAAAGUCUCAGGCUGAAUUGCAGUUAUGGACUAAUGCUGGAUGAAGAGUAACAUUAAUUGCACAUGAAUUGCUUUGUUGCUGAAUCAGAUGUAACAGGCACAUUUGGUUGGUUAAAUGACUGUCAGUGUUUUAAUGUAAAUACUAAGUCAUGUUUGAACUCAAGAAUACGAUUAAGUUCAUUA